UUAGUCCUGACCAGGGGGGCGGACUGACCAUUUGGAAACUCGGGCACUGUCCAAGGGACCGGGGUCAGUAGGGGGCCCCAUGAGAUGCCCCUGGUACCUUUUUCAUAGGCUUUUUUGAGUUUGGGCAAUGACACAGGGGCCCCAUGAUCCCCUAUUGCCCGGGGGCCCCAUGAGUUGUCAGUCCGCCCCUGGUCCUGACGUGUUACAUAGGACAAUGCCCACUUCCUCAGAGGACAAAGCAGUACAUCUGUGAAUUCAUGAUAUCAUCAAUGAAAUGCAG